AUGUGGAUGUACGGAUCUCAAAACACUAUUAUCGCUAAAAUCGAUGGUAAAACUCAGGCAGUCUCAUUAUACGAUGUUGAUGAUGGGAGGUUUGAAGACAGACUGCAGCUGGACAAUAAGACUGGAUCUCUGAACAUCAGUGACAUCAGAACCAAACACUCUGGAGAUUAUCAUCUAAAGAUCAUCAGCAACGAGACUUUCCUCAAGACUUUCAGUGUUACUGUCCAUGAUGUGAUUUUUGCCGGGUUAGAAAACAAGAAAGAAGGAGAUUCUGUUACUCUACACACUGGUGUUACUGGUUCACAGAAACAGGAUCUAAUACAAUGGACAUUUGGACCUACAAAUCCAGACAGUUUUGUAGCUGAAAUGAACAUUAAGAUUCGUGAGAUCACACUGAAUUCAGAUGAUAUAUUCAGAGGGAGACUACAUCUGGAAAAUCAGACGGGAUCUCUCACCAUCAGAGACAUCAGAACCUCAGACGCUGGAGUUUAUCAGCUACAGAUCUCCAACAGUAAAGAAACACUCUACAAGAGAUUCAAUGUUUUUGUUGCUGUUCCAGAUCCGGGUCUGUCCAAUGGUUAUAUUGUGCUGAUUUGUCUUUGUGUCCUUCUGUUAGUGGCUUCAGCUUUGGGUGUGUUGUGCUUCAUAAAAUACUCAAAAAAACGAAAAGAAAAGAAGACUGUGUCAGUGAAGGAGGGAAAUUCUAUAACACUAAAAACUGGUGCAGUCGAGAUCCAGAGAGACGAUGAAGUGCUCUGGAUGUUUGGACCUCAAGAAAUGGUUAUUGCACAAAUCUACAAAAAGGCUGGUAACAUCUCAUAUGCUGACGAUGAGCGAUUCAGAGACAAGCUACAGCUGGACCAUCAGACUGGAGAUCUGACCAUCAGCGACAUCAGGAUCCCGAUCUCUGGAGAUUAUCAGAUGAAGAUCACCGGCAGUAAAGAACCAAAACUGAAGAGAUUCAGAGUUAUUGUAAGAGAGGACACACGGAAAUUCACAGAAGGAGAAUCUGUCCAUCUGCAGACCGGUGUUACUGAAAUACAGAAAGAUGAUCUGAUACUUUGGAAGUUUGAACCUAAAAAUGCCCUUAUAGCCAAAAUCGAUGGACAGACCAAUGAAAGCAGUGUCUACGAUGAUGAUGACGGAUUCAGAGACAGAUUGGAGCUGGACGAUCGAACUGGAGAUCUCACCAUCAUGAACACUAAAAGCACUGACUCUGGAGUUUAUGAACUGCAGAUCAAGAACAGAAAUAAAGUCUCCUACAAGAAAUUCAACGUUCUUGUUUGGCUGAAUAUGCUGAAACAUACAGUGGGAGAUUCUGUCACUCUACAAACUGAUGUUCCUGAGCUGAGGAAUGAUGACCGGAUACUGUGGAAGUUUAGCGAUAAAGAUAUUUUAAUCGGCGAACUCAACCGAGCCACCAAUCAGACCUUAUUCUAUGAAGGUCCUGAUGGUCGAUUCAGAGACCGACUGCAGUUAAACCAGAGAACUGGAGAUCUGACCAUCAGGAACAUCAGCAGAGCUCAUUCAGACGUUUAUACACUUCAAAUCACCAGCGGCAAAAAGAGCACAUGCAAGAGAUUCAUGGUCAUUGCUCAUGAGAAGACCGUGUCAGGGUUGGAGGGAGAUUCUGUCACGCUGAACGCUGAUAUUGAAAUUCAAGAAGAUGACCUUGUGCUGUGGAUGUUUGGACCUGAAGACUGCCCAAUUGCUAAAGGGGAAACAAAGGAAAAGAUCUCCACAUAUGAUGAUGCUGACGGGAGAUUUAGAGGCAAACUGAUUCUGAAUUAUGAGUCUGGAUCUCUGACCAUCACAAACACCAGAACUGAACACUCUGGAGUUUAUAAACUACAGGUCAUCUGCCGCCGAGAGACCAAAUACAAGACAUUCAGACUUACAAUCCGUGAGAGUAAAAGAAACCCAGACUUUGGGUCUGAGAAGGAAGGGAUCCCCCUGGUACAGAAGUGAAACUCAACAGAAAUAGUAGCGGAGAAUAACUGUGAACGGUUUUAGAGGGUAUUGCACAUUUUGUAUGAUGGUACGUACACAUAAGUGUUAUAUACAAGUAUAUCACACAAAUAUACAUAUGCAUGUGUGUGAAUGAAUGUAUUUUUGUAGAAAAUAACUACAGUCCUCAAUUUGUUUGCAAAUGUACCUUAUACAAAAAAAUACUACAGUAUAUAUCUUGAAAACACUAUAUUGAAGUGGAAUUUUCCAUUAUCACUAUAAGCGAUGUGCUAAUGAGCCUGCUUCAGGUUUUGUUGUUUCUUUUGUUUUCUUUCAAAUAUCUUGUUUUUUUCUGUCAUCAUAAGCUUUUUUAUCCAAAGCGACUUACAGUGCAUUCAAGCUAUAAAUUUUUUUAUCUAUCAUGUGUUCCCAGGGAAUCGAACCCACAACCUUGAAAAUGCAAUGCUCUACCAUUUGAGCUACAGGAACACUUUAAUAAAACACUUUUUGUUUAUUAGCUAUAAUAGUGAUGUCUUGUUACCAAAAAGUCAGUACCAAUACCAAUACCUCUGUGUGAAUUCUGAGACUACAGCAAAUCUAUUAAUCAUAACUAAACAUUUCUCAUGUCUUCUUUUGAAAGUGGCUGUACAUUGAGGAUACAAAUGUUUAUGCAUUGUAUGUUUCAUGCUGUUGAUGCUCCCUUCUGAAUGAUUCUCUGUUUUCAGUAAUAACUUCCUUGAAAGAGAUUGUACCUUUAUUUUUGUUUUAUUUUUCUCUUGCAAUAUUUGACCAGUUGAAAUAAAACAAGUGUUACAGCUUGUUGAAUACAUGUUCAUGUGAGAUAAAGCAAUAAUAAAACGUUGGAUACUUAAGUGCACCACUGAAUUCUUUUAAUGUUUUUUUUGAUCAAACUGGAUUAAACAUGGACACAAUCUUGAAAAUGAUUCCAAAGCAGCUCAAUACUAGAUGAAACCUUUA